GGGAUGACCACUGACAUAUAGAGGCGUAGCUUUGUGGCCGUGGUGAUGGAUUUCGACGACCAAAUGUUUCAGAGUCGUUGGAAGACUCCAGCAGCUUUGCCAAUUCUAGUCUGUACUUCUUUCCGAGGUAUGUUAAGUACUCUAUGACUUAUGACAAUAAUCUAUAUUUGAUCAUACAGAAAGCAUCACAACCAUGCAAAAAAUAAAAUUUAUUAUUAUUGUUAUCAUUAUUAUUAUUAUUAUUAUUAUUGCUUCUGGGGCCCCCCUAUUGGCCGUGGGGCCCUAAGCAGGCGCUUAAUUCGCUUAUGCCUUGGCCCGGCUCUGCACAGAUGUACCUAGUUUCCACAGAGGUAUGAAGACGAAAGGCUAGUUUUGAUGGACUUACUUGUCUUUUAUCAUGAUUGUUUUAUAAUAACGCUAAAAUAAUCGAAUGAUUAAAGUCUGUGAGAUCAACGUUAUCUCUAGACGUGCACACAGCUAAAAUCAACGAGCCCCGGAACCAUGUUAAUAUCAGCCGUCCCUGUAGGGGCACAAUUCGUUGCUACACUGCGGCGUCAGUCUCGCAUUUCGCAUGAAUGGAAUGAUAUUAGCUAUAAAAGCCUCGACUCAGGAAUGGAAACUGGAUGGAAACAUUUUCUAGUUGACCUUUUUAGUCGGUGUUUGGAGAUUUAACGAGAGGAUAGUUACCUCUUGAACGUGUUUUCUGUUUGUUUGUUUGUUUGUGUGUGCAGAGCGGAAGCUAAAAACUACAGGCUAUAUAACCGUCAGCCUGCUGGCCUGUCUGUCAUCCCUGCUUCAAGAUCACAGACCAAAAAAAAAAACAGAAAAGAUGGUUGAAACUAUAUUCGACCUCCCGGUGGAGAAGCAGAUCUUUUAUGCUGUUUUAGGAUUUUCGUGGACAGUGUAUAUAUGGGAGGCAUACCUGUCUUACAGACAAGUAAGUCAGUGAUUUCUCAGUAUAAAGCUGAAAGUUUCUGCUAAGAUGAGGUGUGGGAGGGAGAUAAUCUUCAUUUUGAGUCUGUUAUCUAAAAUCAUUCCUGAGAAGUAGCAGAUCUUGCAAACCAGUACAGAUUCUUAAUUGUAUCUGGAUGUCUUUUCAUCUCAUGGUGUUUGAGUUUAACCAAUAAUAAUGAAAACUGCAACAUGGUCCAGAUGUAAAAUGAUCUAAUAUACUUUAAUAAAACCUUCUCCCUUCUCAGAGGAGGAUCUACAGGUCAACGACACAUGUGCCACAGGAGCUGGGGAAGAUUAUGGACUCUGAAACAUUUGAGAAGUCACGUCUCUAUCAGCUGGAUAAAAGCAACUUUAGCUUCUGGUCUGGACUCUAUUCUGAGACUGAAGGGACGGUAAGACAAACAGAAGACAUAGAAUUUUUACAGGUUCUCAAGUAGGACUGGGCGAUUUGGCCAAAAAGAUGAUCACAAUAUACUUUGUCAUAUCGGCCGAUCUCGAUUAUUAUCAUGAUUUUUUUUAAACUGCCAGUUUUAAAGCAUCUGUACUUAAAACUAAAAAAACUAGAGUUAAAUUCAACAUUUUAUUAACAUAGAAAAAAACUAAGAAAACUAUAAAAAACAUUUUAACUCAUCAGAACAACAAAAGUAGAUAGAUGAUAAACAACUUUUCUUCUCAACAAUAACAUCUUUGGAGGAUGACUCAAAGUCAUGGCUGACAUCUAUUUUACUGCCCUCAGCUCCACGUUUAGCUCCACGUUUGGUUACUCUGUUUACUUCUCCAGCAACUUACAGAAGUGAGCAGGAAAAACUCGACUCUGAUUGGCUGUUGUGACGCACAUUUUCGCCAUGUUUGAUCGAGUAAAUAUGCUUAGUCGCCCAGUCCUAUUCUCAAGUAUAACUCAAGGAUUGUACAAUGAAAGUGCUGUUUUCUAUCCUUAUUUCAUACUAAAUUUGACAUUAAAAGAUGAUAUGAUACCUUUCAGCUGAUCCUGCUCUUGGGUGGAAUCCCAUUUCUGUGGGACGUCGCUGGUUCUGUGACAUCUCGCUUUGGGUUUAGCUCAGAGUAUGAGAUCACCCAGUCGCUUGUGUUUCUGACACUCGCCACAAUGUUCAGUGCCGUAACUGGACUUCCCUGGAGUUUGUACAACACAUUCGUCAUAGAAGAGAAGCACGGUUUCAACCAGCAGGUAAACUGACUGAACAGUAGAUUGCGCCACAACUGAGGGUCCAGUCUGAUUCUCAGGGGCCUAGAAGAUUUCUACUUUUGUUCACCCUUAUAGUUUAAUGUCUCGUCAUUCUCAGACUAUAGGGUUCUUCCUAAAGGAUGCUGUGAAGAAGUUUGUUGUUACCCAGUGUAUCCUGCUGCCCGUCACCUCACUGCUCCUGUACAUCAUUAAGAUCGGCGGGGACUACUUUUUUAUCUAUGCCUGGCUCUUCACUCUGGCUGUGUCUCUGGUAAGUGCUGCAUUAAAAUGAGUGGAGUUCAAAGAGAGCAUGUAUUUUGUUAGGUGUGGGAUGUAUAACAGUAAAGUCAUACUUAAGUGUGGUAUGCAUUAAUAUUGUCCCCCUUUAUUUCCUGUGUUUCUAGAUACUUGUGACAAUCUAUGCUGACUACAUUGCUCCCCUCUUCGACAAGUUCACUCCUUUGCCAGAAGGAGAGCUGAAGACAGACAUUGAGUCUAUGGCCAAGAGUAUAAGCUUCCCUCUCACUAAGGUCUAUGUAGUUGAAGGUAAAGCUAAUUUAAGAGUGCCAUUUGCAUGUUUGUUUGUCCCCUUGUCAUUGAAUAGAAUAUAUAUUCAUUAUUUUGGCAGCUAUUCCAGAGGUCAUUUGUCGAUGCACCUUUUUUUUUCAUGUCUGGAAUAUUUUCUGUAUUUUCAGGUUCCAAACGUUCAUCACAUAGCAAUGCAUACUUUUACGGGUUCUUUAAGAACAAACGAAUCGUGCUGUUUGACACUCUGCUGGAGGAUUACUCACCUCUAAAUAAGAGUGGAGAGCCUCAGCCUGAGCAGCCAGACAACGACGAAGCAUCCAGUGAAUCAAAAGCCAAGCCCAAGGUAACAUAGCUGUAUGAUUUUGAAUUUGAAUCUCUGCAUCACAGAUGUGUUGCUUUCUAAUCUGACUUCAGGGAUGCUUGUAAUCUGGCUUUGUUAUAGUUAUUAUGUCUAUUUAUGUAAUGCAAAGGUUUUUAACUUUUAACAAAUACUUUUACAGAACAAGAAACAAGGAUGCAACAACCCAGAGAUCCUUGCAGUCCUGGGUCAUGAGCUUGGCCAUUGGAAGCUUGGCCACACUGUCAAGAAUAUCGUCAUCAGUCAGGUGGGGAGUCUUUUUCACAGCUGUUUUCUCUUUCACUGUCUGCCAGCCUGAUUCCACAAGAUCAAGCGCCAACAUUCAGGUGCAGGUUGAUAUGCUCUUAACAUCUGCCAAAUCCGAUCUCUCUGCAGAUGAAUUCCUUCUUGUGCUUCUCCCUGUUUGCUGUCCUGAUUGGACGUAAAGAACUGUUUGUGGCGUUUGGCUUCAAUGAGAGCCAACCCACAUUGAUAGGCUUGAUGAUUAUCUUCCAGUUCAUCUUCUCCCCAUACAAUGAGGUGAGUAUUGGGUUGGCAUGACGACUUAAGACUUUUAAGUUAAUUCACAACUACAUAACUUGCAGAUGCCCCAAAAUUAAGACCUUAAAAAUUUUGUUCUUGCAGCUUCUGUCCUUCUGCCUGACCGUCCUGAGUCGCAGGUUUGAGUUCCAGGCAGAUGCCUUUGCUCGUGGCAUGGGCAAAGCCUCAGAGCUCUACUCCGCUCUCAUUAAGCUUAACAAGGACAACCUGGGCUUCCCUGUUGCUGACUGGUUGUUUUCCAUGUGGCACUACUCCCACCCUCCACUUCUGGAGCGCCUUAGAGCACUGGGCAACGUCAAGCAGGACUGACGGGGCUGGAAGGGGGAUGAGCGAGUGCUCCAUCCUCCUAACGGCCUCCGCAGACCGCUCCUGGCUCUGUGAUGCACCCUGGUCUUUUUCUACCAACAGCCCCCUUUAAUGUUAUUUUAUCUUCUUUUAUUAAUUACUCUGCUUGCCAUUCUUUUUUCUCUGUUCCCCUCAAAACUUUGUUUUUACAAAACCAAAACAUAUCAACACAAGCCAGCCUAAAAGACCUUGAAUUUGAGUCUCUGCUUUUUCUAGGGACACCUAAUGUGCACUCACUGAGAGUAAUACUUCAGGGCAAUGUGUGUUUAGCAAAAGCUUCUGUCAGAGCACAGCUCAUAUUUUGCAGAAUGUCUCAGGGGUUCUUUUUGAAAUGAUUUUAUUUCUGGGAUUACAAAGUUUUCCUAACAGAAAGACAUUUCUUAUCUGAAACCUAAAAUUACUCUAGAUUUUACUUCAUCUUCUGAUGCAAAAGUUAUACGAGUUUGUGUAAAGCUAUAAAAUACAAUGGGUUUUUACUAAUGACAGACUGAAUAAAAUGAGACUCAGUAGGUGGGAUGAAGCUGUCAUCAUACAUGCUCUUGACAAAGCUUUUUGCAGAUACACAGGCCAGACUUUGUUUUGCCUCUCAGGUGCAGUCAGUGCUGUUUGGGAAAUAUUGUCAGGUAAGCGCAAGAGUAAAAACAUCUAUGUUUUACGAGUAAAAUUCUCAUUUUUUCAAGGGAAAAAUUACUUUGUCACAGGAAAAAAAAGUCAGGGCCUUUUAUUAUUUCUGUUUUUGUUCAGACAGUGGACACAUGAUGAACAGAGCAGUGCAGACAUUUUUAUUUGAACUUAGGUUAGACUUGUGAUUUUCAUUUUUUACAUGCAAUGGGGGAACCUUGUAUUACUUUUCUAAAGCACUUGCUUGUCAACAAAGUUCCAACUGUACCUGUACAUAUGUAACUAUUACAAAUAGAGAAAUGACGUGUGAUGUGAAUUGUGAAAAAUGUUGAAUGUGUUUUGAAAUUUGAAGUUGAACGAUAUUUCUUAGUUUCUUCUCUUGGUUUAUGGGCUGAGUGAGCCCAGAGUUGCCUGGCAAGCAAAUAUUUACAGGGGACUUGGGGAAAGAUUCCUUUCUCCACUUAAGCCAGUGCUUGGUUUGUUCAACAAGGGAACUGUAUGCCUUCUUUGCAGCAAUGAAUAAAAUUCUUCAAAGCAUUCCUUGUG